AUGGAGCCCAGUGAGAACCCCCGCCAUUGCCAACCACGAUGCGUUUUGAGAGUGGCGCUUCCGCUGCUAAUGUUAAUUUGCUUGGGCAGGACAUAUUUUGCUGACAACCAGCUGUCCUGGAGUAUGGCAGUUGUCCGAGGCGAAAUGAAAAGGCUGGCCCCGAUCUCCAUCAGCGCUUUAAUAGACCAAGCAGCUGACGGAGCUGGUUUCAACAUUACUUUGCAGACGCAGACUCCCAGGAUGCCGGAACAGCCUGAAGCCAUCGCUCUCGAAAUCACAUCAGGAGUGACAACGCCAAUGACGACACCCACAGCGACGUCAGUUCAACCCCCACAACACCCUUCCACAACAUCCAUGUUCAGCUCGUCCCUACACUCAGACCAAUUGCACAUGGCUACAGCCAAUCUGCAAAGCACAGUGGCAAGUGCGACUGAGUCAACUUCUCAGAACAUGUCCUCGCUUUUUUAUCUGGUCGAUCAGGAAAACCUGCAACGCGGUAAGGCGAAAUGUCCCGACAAGUUUCGAGUCAGUGAGUGGAAUGGCAGGAUUGGCAACCAUUAUUUCCAGGUGAGCCAGGUCAUAGUGGCGGCAUUAUUCUGCCGCAUCACACACGUCACAUUCCCGCCCCACAUCAGCACGCGUUACCAGCAGCAGGACGGUUUACUGGACAUGCCUCAAGAGCUUGCACUCCCAGGGAUUGAUGGUCAUGAGGGCUUGAACAUCCCCAGCACCUGCCCAGCACAAACAACCCAUAAAUGGUACCACCAGCAUUGUCGGAUGGUCCCUGCGUGGCACCACUACCAGGUAAUGCAGGCGUUUCUGCGACCUUACCUGGGUCAGACUCUUGCCGAUCUCGUGCGUGCACCGAGUGAUGAGGGGGAGCGAGUUCUCACGAUCCACUUGCGUGCCGACGACAUUCGCCAGUACGGGAGAUACGAGUGGGCCCAACCGCCGUGCAGCAUGUACCAGAAGAUUGUUUCAGAGUUUGGGUACCAGAGUCUGAAGAUCAUCGCAAAGAGCAACCCUGCCACCAAGCGGUCCGAUGCUGCUUGUGACAGCUGGCUUGUGGACUACGCGAAGAAGCAUGGCAUCAGCAUCAUACGGCCUCAAGACUUUACGUUGGCUGCAGACUUGGCGGCAAUGAUUCGUGCAAAGAGUUUUGCCUUGUCCUUCUCGAGCUUCUCUCUAUCUUCGGCAUUGCUCAGCACGGAGCUGCAGGUAAUGUAUCGUCGACGUGAUGCGAAAUGGUACAGCAUUUUGCACUCUCUUGUCAACUGCAAUGUUUGGAGAGGUGUGAGAAUGUAUGAGUACAACACCACUCUUCAGCCAGACCAAGUUAAAGGUUCGCCAAGCGAAUGGCUGAGAACCUUUCCUCUGGAAAACAUCACCGGGCCUUUCACCUGUCAAUACGGCAGUGAAAUAUUGCCGGAGAUAUGA